AUCAGUAUGACGUCACAAUCGGCAAGGAGAUAGGGUAAACUAUUUCGUAGGAUCCGGGUGCAGGAUAAACCUGAAAUCUUGUAUUUUGUACGUGUUAAGGUGAUUUGUUGAUAUAAAGCGAUGGAGUGAUGGGUACUGGUGCUGGAAAGAACCUAGUAGUGGGGGUGCCACUAAAUCCUCGAGUCGAAUUAGCGGACAGAGAGAGCAAGAAAGCCGGAGGAGGAGAGAGUGUACUGAUCGAUGCUCCAGCUCUGAUAGAUCUUGGUCACGGUACGGUGAGAUACAGGAGAGAUGAAGAUCAGAGGGAGACACGCGAGACAGCAGACCAGGAUGUAACAAUCAACAAGAAAGGAUACUUCUACCAAGCUCGCCUUGAUGAUUACAGUGAAGCUGCUGUUGCAAGCCAAGAUGAUCAGUACAAGUACCGCUACAUCUACAAGGGUGCUCCUGGUACGCGAGGGAAGAAACUCUUCUAUGUUUAUGGGAUAGGCAUGAAGUCCAAGGAUGCUAGGUCAAAGGUCACAAAGCAAUACAAGCCUAAGGGCAAAGGUUACAUCUGGCCAAGUUCUUUCAGGAACCCAGCUCACUUCUACUAUGAACUGGUUUUCAAGGAGCAAGAAGAAGAAAUAGAAGAAUCAGAGGAAGAAUCAACCGAUGUUCAAAGCAAAGUUGAUCCUGAAAAGAUGACAUUCCAGUUGAAAGACAGUGACACGGUGGAGGUAUUGAAGAAAAGAGCAGCCAUCAGACUACUUGCACCAUUCUCUAAUAUACAUAUCAGUCACAAAGAUGCAGAGUUAGGGAAUGCAGAUGUCAUUGUCAAAUGUCAGACAGAAGAACAUGACGAAUUUGAAAGGUUUGUUAUUGAGCUCCAACGGGUGUAACACAUCAGCCUAUCCAUCUAUUUAUGGACUAGAAUAUCAAAUGUUCUGCCAAAGAGACAAGGAGGUGAAAAGAUGAAAUGUGUACAUUUUCUCACUUUUAUUCACAACGAUCUUAAGGUGAACUUAUCUCUAAGUUGGACUUAACAAUUAUGGAAAGCUGUUAGCAUCCUUGAAAAUAUUAUGUAAAAGUUAUUUCAAAAGGC